AUGUCACAAUUAGCGUCAUUCAAAGUGCCAAAGAUUGAAAAUGAGCCAAUGCGCAACUAUGCUCCUGGCUCAGCGGAGAGGAAGGGGCUUGAGGCAGCUCUUGCCAAAAUGCAAAAGGAACUGCCAUUCGAGAUCCCAUGCGUGGUGAACGGAAAGGAGGCGAGCAAGAUCGAAAAGCAAUUGAUGCCUCACGAUCACGCCAAACACCUCUGUACCUACCACACUGCUACUCCUGAGAUUGUCGACUCUGCGAUCAAGGGCGCUCUUGCUGGAAAACAGGAAUGGGAAGAGAUGCCAUGGGCGGAUCGGGCUGCCAUCUUCUUGAAGGCUGCUGAUCUCGUGGCUGGAAAGUACCGAUACGAUAUCAUGGCUGCGACCAUGCUUGGACAAGGAAAGAACGCUUGGCAAGCGGAAAUUGAUGCGGCCGCGGAAAUGUGUGACUUCUGGAGGUUCAGCGUGAAAUACGUCGAACAACUGUACGCCAACCAACCGACUGAAAACUCUUUAAUGAUCUGGAACCGAACGGAAUACAGGCCUCUUGAAGGUUUCGUUCUCGCUGUCACUCCUUUCAACUUUACUGCUAUCGGUGGAAAUUUGGUUGGAGCUCCUGCUAUCGUCGGAAACGUCUGUGUCUGGAAACCCUCGCCCAUGGCCACUUAUGCAAACUACUUGACUCACAAGAUUCUCCUGGAAGCCGGUCUGCCCCCAUCUGUCGUUCAAUUUAUCCCUGGUCCCGCUGCUGAAGUCGUCGGUCAAUGUAUCGAGAACAAGGACUUUGCCGGUCUGCAUUACACUGGAAGUACUCAGGUGUUCAGAAACUUGUGGCGAAAAAUUGGAGACAACUUGGAAAACUACAAAGGAUACCCUAGGAUUGUCGGAGAGACUGGCGGAAAGAACUUCCACCUGUUCCACCCCACUGCCGAUGUGAAGACUGGUGUCGCUCAAUCUAUUCGAGCCGCCUUUGAAUACUCUGGUCAAAAAUGCUCUGCUCUGUCUCGUUGCUAUGUCCCUGAAUCUCUGUGGAACAAUGGAUUCAAGGAGACUUUGAUUGCCGAGACUAACAAGAUCUCCAUCGGCCCAUGCUUCGAAUUCAACCAUUUCACUGGACCCGUCAUUGCUCAACACUCCUUCGACAAGAUCACCGGAAUUAUCACCAAGGCCAAGGAGGCCGGAGGAGAGGUCAUUGCCGGAGGCAAAUGCAACACUGCAGGGGACAGCUCUAAGGGAUACUUUGUUCAACCUACCGUCAUCGUCACCAAGGAUCCUAAAUCCAUCUCGAUGACAGAAGAAAUCUUUGGACCCGUCAUGACCGUCUACGUGUACCCGGACAACAAAUACGAAGAGACCUGUGAUUUGAUCGACACGACCACUCAAUACGGUUUGACCGGUGCCAUCUUCGCCAAUGACAGAUCCGCAUUGGUUCUUGCCGCUCACAAACUGAGAAACGCUGCUGGAAACUUCUACAUCAAUGACAAGUGUACCGGUGCUGUCGUUGGACAACAGGCCUUUGGAGGUGCCAGAGCCAGUGGAACAAAUGACAAGAGUGGAUCCAUUGGUAUCUUCUGGCGAUUCGUCUCUGCCCGAUCGAUUAAGGAGAACUUUGUCGACAUCAAGGACCACGAAUACCCUUCCAACCUCGUCUAGACGCAGAGAAAUCCUGUAAUACCGCCCAAAAUAACCUGCAUUCGUGUCAUGUCGUGCAUGCAUUUCAGGUCGGAAACAUCUAUAUGGGCAUUUGCUUAGCUCAAUCAAAGACGAUCUUUGUUCCCUGAGGCUUGACAGCUCCCAUCUCCCGCUUCUUCAUCCGCGCAGCUUCCCAAGAAGGGUGUACGCCCGUCGAUUUGGUUUGCUGAGCUGGAGCCUGGCCGUGACUAUAGGCAUCAUGACCACCGAAGGGACCUCCUCGUCCCAUGCCUCGAGAUCCUCGGACACCGCG